UUCACCACAACCUAGGAUCAGAAAAGUGGAAUUUCAAAAGUGAAAUGCCAAAAUGUGUGGUUGACACACCAAUUUGCAGUUUGAUUUUUUUCCUUUCGGACUGUGCCGUGCUUGGGAAUUAGUAGGGUCUGUCCACCUUGUUUGUGCGUGCUGUGGUUUUAGGGUUUCUCUGAAGGACGUUGUUGUUUGAAUUCCAGCUUGCCUGAUUGAGUUUUUUUCCGGGAGCUUCCGUUUCGUUUUGUUAACCCUCGUUUCUUUUGUAUACUAAGAUUCUCAGGCUCGUCACAUUUUGCUUCUUGUGCCGUUGCGUUAGAUUGCUCGUUUUGUGUAUCGCCACCUCCAAUUUCAAUUCUUCACGUCGAUUUGCCUUGUUUCACCGUCUCAACGUUGUUGUUUUUGUUGUGAUUUUGAUUGAAGGCGUGUGGUAUUUGAGGGAGGAUGAAACGAAUCAGUUACAAACUCCACUUGACGCAACAGAUGACGCACAGUUAAGGAGUAGACAUUUCCGAAAUCAUCUGCGAUCUUCCUGGCUGCGAAAUGUGUUGGAUUUAGAUACCUCAUGUGACGAUAUUCUGCCCCCGCAGGAGUCAUGUAAUUUAUAGCCUCUGGGCGGACUUGUGUUGUUCCCACAUGAUUAGGGGAAGCCAUGACGAUCGUGCUCUUGUUUCUGGCGCUCCUGAUCUUCCCCUCGUCUCAUCGUCGCGAUGUCAAUUCCCAAUCGGAACUUCUCUUCCCGGAAAGCACUGCCAGGUAUGACGGGGUUAAUGUUGAGACGGAAUCCGAUCACCUUAAUUCGGACUUGAGCGAGAUGUUUUCUGAGGACGACGACCGGGCGAUGCAAUUGUUAAAACCAGGGGCCUAUCAUGAUCGGCUGGAACUUAAUCAGAUGGUGCUAGAGAGGCUAGCUGCCAUCGAGGAGCCGUUAUCCUUCGUCUCUGUUGUUGGUCCUUAUCAUGGUGGUAAGUCUUUCCUCCUCAAUGUGCUGCUCAAGUCCACUCAGGGAUUCACUGUUGGUGCUGUACCGGACAUAGAGACACGAGGAAUAUGGAUUCGAGUGGUACCUAAGAAGAAGUUGACCGGCGCAGAUGGUUCUCGAAUUGUGUUAAUGGACACUGAAGGGUUCUAUGGUGAAGAUGCAACCCGGUCAUAUGAUGCCCGCAUCUUUGCUAUGGCGACUCUUGUGAGCUCUCAUCUUAUUUAUAAUACACUUCGAACCAUUGGGGAUGCACAAUCAGUGAGUGCGUUGGCUGAUUUAGCCAAAGAAGCACAAGUGUUCAAUCUUCAAAAUUGGCUGCAUUCCGCGGAGGCUUCGUCUGAUCAGCAGCAAUUCUCCUCGCCAUCCAACAUGGAUCCUUUUCUCAUCUUGAAAACACUUGACUUUCCCCCACUCACUUGGGUGGUCCAAGGGUUUGACAUGGAUAUCCAUGCACACAAGCCUAUGGAAUACCUUCAUAAAUAUUUGGAGGCUCACGCCCACAGUGGUGACCUAACAAUAGAUACACUUUUUACUCAGGGAAUUUCUUGUGUUCCUAUGCGAACUCCGACAGAUUUGAACAAAUUGAGAGAAGAGGUGGGAGGCGUAGGCUUAGCAGCGCAUGCAGAACUCUAUUCAUAUCUACACCCAGGCUACCUGGCAGAUGCUAAGCGUUUGCGAACUGCAGUUUUUGGGAAGUUGAAGGCCAAAGGCGGUUUCAGUGGGAGUACUUUAGCCGGAGUCUUGCCUCUCCUAGUGCAUUACGUUAAUGAGGACUUUCCUUUGAAUACCGAGCGGAAAAUGCGGGAUGUUUUGACGGAUAUUGUGAUUGAUGGUGCUUUUUCUGGCGGGGUUCAGUAUUUCCAGAUGUUAAUGCAAAACCCCAAAUUGCCACCUAGAGCUAGGGACAUGUAUGGGGAGACUAGGAAAAACGAGUGUAGUUUGCUGGUUUCUACAACCAUUACUGCAAGAGAAUUUGAAGAUUUUAUGUCUGUUGCAGAAAACAAGUCUAUUGAGUACUGUAGGCAGCGUUGUGUGGGAGUUCCUACAGGACGAAUAGGUCCAACUUGCAUUGGACAACUUGGAACAAAAAUUGGUCGAAUGAAGCCUACAUUUAGGGAGGAGAAUGAGCGCCGUGUGAAACAAGUCUUAAUGGAGCUGGGACAAGAUCUGAGAUUAUCGGCUGUGAAAGAAAUGGAACAGCUGCAGCUCCCAAUGCGUGAUGCGGAUAUACAGCGUUCCUGCAAGCAAUGUCAAAAUAGGUUUCUUCAAGGUUAUGAAUCAUUAGUGGGUCCUCAUCGUGGGAGUAAUUUGUACAACGAAGCACGCACACGUAUCACAUCUGCCAUACAAAUCAUUUGCGACAAGAUGUCGUUGAUCAACGCUGGAAAGAUCGAAACCCUCUUGAGCGAUGCUAAAGAAGCCUAUCAGGAAGCUUAUGAGAAUGCCAUCCAGACAGGAAUUUUGGGGGCAGAUGGCGGUUACGAUGAUGGACAGCAUCACGAUGGUAACAAGCAGGAAAAUGCACCUAUUUUUCCCAAGAAGCUUCUUGAAGUUCACAAGGCGUUCGAUUUAUAUAUUCAAUCCCUCCUUUUAAAAGAAUGCUAUACUCAAUCAUUUUGUAAAUAUGUAGGAUGA